UCCAAUUUGGACAUUACACACACACACACACACACACACACACACACACACACACACACACACACACACACACACACACACACACACACACACACACACACACAAGCACACCUUGAACAUCAUUUUGAAUACACACACAUCUUCAAUUAUAUCACAUUAUUAUUAUUCAUUAUUUCAUUGUUUAUUCAGUUGAUCAAAUAGGAUAGUUAAUAAAUGUGUUAAAUUCAAUUAAGCUCUGCCUAAGGUGAUGUUUGUGUUGGCUGAAAAUUUCUGCUCCUAAACGAGUCCACGAAUUUCAGACAGACUGAUAAUAAUUUUGGAUUCAUUUCCCCUAUUAAAGGGGUGGUGCCCCGAAGAUAUCUAAGAAUAUCUUAAUUAAUAAAUCGGCAAAUAUUCCCAUAUUUACAGAAUUUAUUGAAGAAUCCAAAAGUAAGUAACAGCUUACAAAUUAUUCGCUCACCUAUAACCCCAACAUAAUUAAAUAAAGUGAAAAGAUAUUUACAAUUGAUUACUUCAAGUUCCUACUAUUUACAUUUUAUUCAUCGAUACUGUAAAUGGCUGUUUACUAAGGCAUACACAAAUCUGCAACGCGCUCCAAGCCAAUCUCCACAACUUCAGCUCGCUGUGCACAUAUGCGCUGACAGCGAGCUGCGCUGAGCAGCUCAGAUGUUCAGAUGGGAAUCUUUUCUUGGGUGAUUUAGCUACAUCUGCGAUGUGUGUAAUGAAUAAAAUGUCAGUUCGUCUGCAUGCGUCGGGGUAAUUCUUUCUAUUCUUUCUCCGUCAAAAUAAACCGUCAAAUACGGGAACUAUCCGGUCAACACAAGCCCUGCUUUUAACUGUUCUGUUUUCUUGUGAAAAUUGUUGGAAAGAGAUAAAAUUUAACUUGAUUACCACCAGAGCCAGGCGCACUGCGCCGUUAUCUCCAUGACGGUAAACGAGGGAAAAACAAAUUGAUCGGAUCCUGCACGUCUUUUAACACACUGGUCAGGAUUGACGCACUUUGUUUUCAUUUAGUUGGUUAAAAAAAAAGUCGGGCUCGGGUCGGGCCAGAGAAUCCUGAAAAUCUUUUCGGACCGGGUCGAGCUGGGGCUCCAUCCCCCGGGCCGGGCCGGACACGGGCUCAGAUUUUCGGCCUGUGCAGGGCUCUAACGUGCACACAAUAACAUGUAAACUGCCCCACCAUUAUUGUGCACACACAUAAACUGGCCUGAGAAGCCCUUCCUUGUCUGGUGCAUUUAUCUAGAUACACACACACACAAAUCUAGAUACACACACACACAAAUCUAGAUACACACACACACAAAUCUAGAUACACACACACACAAAUCUAGAUACACACACACACAAAUCUAGAUACACACACACACACAAAUCUAGAUACACACACAAAUCUAGAUACACACACACACAAAUCUAGAUACACACACACACACACAAAUCUAGAUACACACACACACACACACAAAUCUAGAUACACACACACACACACACAAAUCUAGAUACACAGACAUGCACAAAUCUUUAGUUACGCACACACAAAUCUAGAUAUACACGCUCAAAUCUACACACACACGCACACACACACACACACACACACACACACACACACACACGCGCACACACACACACACACGCACACACAGAUCUUUUGAGACUUUUUUCUCCCCAUAAUCAUCACUUAGCAAUCAGCAAACUUUGUAAAGUUGCUACUUUGGUGAAUUCAAAGGUGUACAGGAAGUGACAGUGCUCCCUCUCCCUGGAGACUGAGAGGGAGAAUGAGUUGGAGAGGCCAAGUCUAACAUUUUGUGAGAAAGUGAUUUAGCCCUACACAGAUUAGAAAUGAAAGUUUCAGGCAGAGCGGGCUGUUGGGGGAAAAUGCUGCAAGACCUUUUUUGUGGUUUCUAUGGUAACAUCGUCAUCGUUGAGAUCCUUCUUUAGCAACACAAUAAUGAAGACAUUAAGCAGAGUGGUACAGCGGACUGCGACAGCAGGGUUGGAUGCUAUCCCUUCCUUUUUUACUUCCUGUUCUGGUGGCGUGAGAGUACACAGUAAAACAUUGGGUGUUAAAAUCACAGUGUAAAAUAAUUUUAACCUAGAUAGAGUAUUUACAACUAUUUGAAGAGUAAAUCAACUCAAACUGUAGAGUUAAAAUUCGGUGUUAAAAUCUGCAGACAUGCAGAGUUAAUUUCUACUCUACAGAGAGUUUAUUUCAUUUACCCGCCUAUUUCCAAAGAGUCAUUAAAAGCUGCUUGGUGCUUGUCUGAACCAGUCUGGACUUGCUCUGGAGUGCAUGGUGCCAGUCAGGUAAGUCAAUUUUAGCAUUUCUAAAUUACUAAUGUGGUUUUGAAAUUAUUGUUCAAGUUAAGGUUUUGUAAUGUAACUAUUGUCAUUAAGGAGUAAGGACACUGCAGACUGCUGCUUUAGUCAAAUGUGGUCACUGGGACAGAGACGAGUCACCAUACAAUAAGUUAGACUUAUUUAUUAAUUUUGUUGUUAAUGGAGUUAAAAAACUGUAGGUAAAAUAUGUGUAACAUUAGAAGUCGCUCCAAAUAAAGGCAGGUAUUUGUGGUGAAGUUCUAGUAACUUUUAAAUUUUGAAAUAUUAGCAAUUUAGCAUUAUACUGAACUUAUCUGUGUCUGAAUAUUGUGACGUGCAACAUUUAUCUGUACCAUAUUUAUAUGUCGAUGAUCUGUACCAGUUUAAACAAUUAAAUAAGUGUUAGGUCAAAUUAAAUAUAUAAUAUGACCCACCAUUGUUAGCAUUCUUAGCUAACCUUGUUGCUAGCUUACUUGCGAUAAAGCUAUCAUACUCCUAUCAGAGCACAUGGAACCGUUGGACCGCAUCGUUCGAGUUAGUUUUCCGAGUAGCAGCGCAGCACCGCUAGCAUAGAAGCUAGCAGGCCUUACCACCUGAUGGAAGUCUGUCGGGCCCUCCUCGGCAAGUAGCAAUGUCCGCUUAAAUAAUGCUAGUUUUUCUUACAGAAGAUCAUUACCAAAGUAUGAUGUAUAAUAACUAUUUGUUUUGCCCGUUGUGCUUGUGCAACAGUUUGUGUGUUGUAAAAUUGUGACACUAAUUAACAGAAAGAAGUUACGUUACAGCAGACGCCUACAAAGCGAGCCGAGUAGUCGAUGUGUGGCUGUGCUCGGGGUAAAGUGCGCAUCGUCCUGCUUGCGACACAGCCAUUUAUUUGUCGAAUUUUAACUUCUUAAACGCCGAAACGUAUUUUUAAAGUACUGUCAUCAUCAAUAAAAUAAGUGCAUUUAUAAAGUUUUGAUGCCUACAUCGCCUAUAAAAAUCUUACCGUAUGUGACAAAUUGGGAACCCCAUAUCUGAACCUCUAUUUUUGCUCGUUGUUUGUGUGAUACACAUAGCUCACACAAGGAUGCAGGCAUCCUGGAAUGGCUAACAAAGCUAAGUCCAGUCACAAAGACAAAAUGUACCAGAACCCGAAUAAACCUUCUAUCCUGGAUUGAGUCGUGUGUGGCUAUGAGAUGACUUAAGGCAACAGUCGACCAGUUUAACCACUAUCACAAACGAGCAUCAGACACAAUUAAGAUUUCAGGCUGCAGCAGCUGACUUGAUGUUUUUCUUUUGUUAUUACUGGAGCAUUUAUCUAAUUAUUGAUAUAGAAAUUAUCUUUGUAUAUUUAUUUUUUCUAAAAUAAAGCAUCUCAUCUAAAGCACUAUACACUAUUAGGGGAAAUUAAUGUUUUUUUUUUUUUUACUUUUGUUUUAACAGGAAAAUGCUGCUGCGUGUUUCAUUUAGUGGGGAGCAGAAGUAUGUAAGACUGUCUGACCUAACACUUGAUGCCUUCCUGAAAGAAGUGUGUCUAAAAUUUGACAUACCAGGAGAAAAACUGUUCGAUCUGAAGGUGUAUGACCAGUCUGACACCCAAAUUGAUGCUGAGGUUUUUGAGGAAAUAGUGAAGGAGUCCCCAGGCACAUUUCGAGUCAUGAUGAGUAAUGAAGAACUUGGUUCUUCUCUAUCACCAUUGGCUACAUCAUCUUCAGCAUCUUCUGAUGAUACUAUUAUUCUGAACUUCACCAUGUGUGAUCCUGCUGAAGAUUCAGCAACUGAUGGAGGAAAUCAGCCUAAAAAGCCAUGUCACAUAAACUACGAGGCACUGGCAUUGAUUAAACAGAUCCUAACUACAAAGCCUGGUGGUGAACGCAUCAUGCAGGAGUACGCAAAAACCAAAUCUUUGACAGAUGCCACCAGAAGACAGAUGAUAAACAUUCUAGCUGCUGAGAUGACAGAAAAGCAUGGAACAUCUCCCCCUCGAACUGUCAGAGUGAUGUAUGCACAAGGAAUUGUUGCCUUGUUUCCAUAUCUGGAAGACCCCCUUUCAAAACAUGGAUAUGAACACUAUUACGAUCCAGAGAGUGGGUCAGGAUACCUUGCAUGGCGCUUGAAGACCAUUCAAAGAAAAGCUGCUGAGGAGAAGGGUGCAUCAGUAAGGAAAUCUACCAAAAUUGGUGGGCCAGGCCAUGGACAAUCCAACUUAGCUGCUGACAAAAUGCAGUCUAAUGAGGAUGUGGAAGCAGCUCUUGCUGUUUUGAAACACACUGCUGAUGAGGACACUAUUCGUGAGAAGAUGAGAGCCACAUUUGCAUAUCGCAAUUCACUGGUCAACGAUGACAAGACAACAGAUGUCUUCUCAGUCUUUCCACGGUUUUUGGACACACCGGGACUGAUAGAACAAGAUUUCAGACUUCUGUUUGGUGAGGAAACUGCCAACAAAUUCUUGGUGAAGUGGCCCACCUCUAUUAAAGAGAAGGUUAUCGUGGAAAGCCAUAGACUGGUACCCACUCCAGAACUCUUACACUUGCUGCACAACACUGAGUCAGCAGCUGAAGAUGAAAAUGGCUGGGACAGUGACAUGUCUGCAAUCUUGCUGCUGCUACAUCUGCUACCACCUUCUGCACAAGGACGAAAGAGGCCAGGAAAGAUGUCUGCAUCUCAAGCCGCAGAUCACCUCAUCAGAUUCCUAAAGGCUGGAACCAGUGUACAACAGCAUCUAGACCAUAUUAGCCAAAGCUGCCAGCCCUACCUUCUUGCUCAGGGAACUACAAGAAGCAGGAUCCACACCUUCUUCAUUGUGAUCGACAAGCAUGCACUUCCAUGCAAGGCAACUGGUUCAGUGGGAGCUCUUGAUGAACUCUUUAAAGCUCAUUAUGUAUUCGGUACGUCAUACAGUCAUGCCCUGACCAACUUUUUCACUUUUCUCCAAACAACCGUUUACAACAUCGAUGUAGCAGAAACAAAACAAACUCCCAGAGUUGCAGAGUUGCGAGCAAGAAUGCUGCGCUAGAAUCGGGUGAGCCAUAACAAUGAAGUGUUUUCUUUGCAAAAGGGACCGUGGUACACCAAACAGCCUUAUUAAGCACCUUAAAGUAAUCCAUGGUCUCUGCACUGGCAGGACUCUUUAUCUUAAAUGUGGCCAAAUGGGAGUCUCACGUUCUUUUGGUAGUUUUUCUGGUUUUAGAAAGCAUCUAAACAAGUGUCAUGUUGACAAUUCAUUUAAUUCAGUUGAAGAACCCAAUGUUUCAUCUUGUCAAAGUGUUCCUAACACAAGUAAUUCCACUGAUUUUCAAGUAUCUAAAUGUUUAGAGACCGAGUCAGGUUUAUCUUCAGCUAACCUUGUAAAUAGUUGUGCAAGUGUAAUUUCCGAUCUACAGGCUGCAGGUUUAGGCCAAAGCAUUGUGAACUCUUGUUGGUUCCAUGGAAGAGAUAGUUAAAGAUGUUCAGCAGCAUGCAAAAGAAACUGUCAUUAGACAUGUAUUUAAUGAUGAAAGAGAAACAGAAGUUUGCAAAAAAGUUGAAGCUUGUUUUGACGACUUAGAUAAUCCUUUUUCAAUUCUUAAUUCAGAAUACAAGCGAUCAAAAUUUUUAUCAGAAAAAAGGGAAAUUGUAGAACCACUUGAAUACGUAAUUGGCUCCAGAUUUGACACAAGGCGAAAUAAAAGCACUGGAACAUAUGAUCAGAUAGUAGUUAAAGAUAAAUUCAUGUACAUUCCAAUUUUAUCUACACUGCAAUCAGUAUUCAAUAGUCAGUAUGCUGCAGAAAUGUUGAUAAGCUUAGACACUAAUGACUCAACACUCAGAGAUAUUAGUGAUGGUUCUUUUUUCAAAACUCAUCCUCUGUUUUCAACUGAAAAACAUACAAUACAGAUACAAAUGUUUUAUGACGAUUUUGAGGUUGCAAAUCCUCUUGGUUCCAAGCGAGGUAUUCACAAAAUGGGUGCAAUAUAUUUUACUUUAAGAAAUUUUUCUCCAAAAUGGAAUUCCGUCUUGGCCAACAUACACCUCUGUGCUUUGUUUCAUGCACAAGAUCUUAAACGAUAUGGUUUUAAUGAAAUCCUUGCUCCUGUUGUUCGAGACAUUAAAGUGUUGGAAAGUGAUGGCAUUGUUAUUCCACUGUAUGGUGGUUGUGUUCGUGGCAGUUUGGUCCAGGUUACUGGUGAUAAUUUAGCCUUGCAUAGCCUGUUUGGUUUGGUGGAGUCUUUUAGUGCAAGGUACUGUUGCAGGUUUUGUUUAGCUGAAAAAGAUGACUUUCAAACAGAAUUUUCUGAAGAUUCUCCAAAAAUAAUAUUGCGCACCAAAGACACCCACACUGCCCACUGUCAAGAGAUGGCUGGUUAUCCCUCUCUUCCUUAUGUUUUUGGUGUAAAGAGUUCAUGCGCACUAAAUUCACUGACUUAUUUUCAUACAUCUGAGAACUUUGCAGUUGAUGUGAUGCAUGACAUUUUAGAAGGGGUGGCCCAGUACGAACUAAAGCUUUUGUUUCAGCAUUUUAAAGGACAUUAUAUCACACUGAGAGAGCUGAAUUUGAGAAUACUGAAUUUUGAUUAUGGAUUCAUGGAAAGAAACAAUCGGCCAGUUGCAGUGAAUUUAAGUGAGGAGUCUAAUGAUUUGGGACUGAAUGCAAUUCAGUCGUGGUGCUUGCUAAGGAAUGUUCCUCUAAUUUUUGGAAAUUUGAUAACCUCCACUGAUCGACAUUGGGAUCUACUUCUUUUAUUACUUCAAAUAGUCAACAUUGUAUUGUCUCCUAAGUUGUCACAAGGACUUUGUGUAUAUUUGAAACAUUUGAUUGUGGAUCACCACAAACUGUUCAAGAAUUUGUAUCCACAUAAGAAACUUUUACCAAAGCACCAUUUCCUCAUCCAUUAUCCACGUUGUAUUCAGAAAAUCGGACCUGUACUUCAUACUUGGUGCAUGCGCUAUGAAGGUAAGCACAAUUUUUUCAAAAAACAGCUUAAAUCAUUUAAAAAUAUCACCAAAACUCUAGCCAAAAAACACCAGAGACAUAUGGCAUACAUUUGGCAAUCUUCUUCUACUUUUAAUCGUUUAGACAUUGGUCCAGGGAAAAUGGUGUCUUUGAAAAUGAUAAAAGGAGGCUCUGUUAUUGCCAUGUCAAUGCAAGUGCCACAUGGUAUUCAAGUUAUGAAAGUCAACUGGGCAAAACACAAUGGCUUUAUUUACCGCCCUCAUCUGGUUAUUUGUGGCAAAGUUGAUUUUGAAAUGCCGAUAUUUUAUCAGAUUGAGUCAGUUCUGAUAAUACAUGAGAAACUGUUUCUGCUAACUGUGCCUUUAUGCACAGUUAGCUUUCAGGAACAUGUCCAUGCAUAUGAAGUGGCCAGGACAACACAAGAUUUGGUUUUGUUUCAUGCUGACCACCUGCUGUAUCCCAGGCCUUUUGAUAUACAAAUGUCAUAUGGAGUGAAUGACUCACUUCUCCUUGUUGUUCCAUAUUGUUUUCUGUGGUGAUUGCAUUAUUCAAAAAUGUUUGAUUACAAAUAGUAAUGUGAUUAUGGACAGUAGCUUUCAAUGUCCAACUUUUUAUGCAACUAUUACAACUGUUUAUACAUUUGAGAAUGUAAAGUAUCUUUGCAUUGUGAAUAAAUGCUGUCAAAGUUA